AUGGAGAGUAUGAAACCUACUUGGCUGGUUCAAGACGAUAGUUUUAUCGACGAAUCAAAGUCCACAGUGAUGCGCGCAAAUGAAAAUGAUUCCAAAGGAAUAUUUCUGGUUACGAAUUUCUUGAAGUUUCAAGAUGAAACCUCUAAUAGUGAAUCAUCAUACUUGCACGACUCGUCGUCCAGUAUAUCUGAAGAGAAAAUUGAAAACAUAAAAAUUAAUUACGAAAAAACAUGUUUUAUGAUAGAAAUAAUGUUGAUUGACGAAAAUGAAGAAAAAAAAGCUACGCGAGACUUUUUAAUAUCUUAUUUCCACGAGUUUCCUCAAUACGAUUAUUGUUUAGUAAAUCUAAGUACGAUGGUGACUCCUCCCGAGUUCAAGAAGACUUUUUGUAAAGUCUUUUUGAAACCAAAUCAAUACAAGUCCAUUGGACAACUGUACGCAUUACAUCGGUUGAGCCUGUUCGGAAACAUUACUUCUGCUGUGGUUACAAAAGAAAAUUUGGAAAUCGCGGAAGAUCUGAUCAUAAACCAUCCAUUUGAAAAAAUCUUAUUAGAUAAUAUUUCUAAAUCCGUUUUCGAAGAUACGAGAUAUAAAACUUACAUUUUACAAUGUGAUGACCAACCAAUUGGUUAUUGCGUUAUUCGAUUGUGUGACGAGAUCACAUUUUUAAAUAGUCACUUCGACGUGGCUCGUUACGUAUACCCCGAGUUGGCUCGUAAUCAUUCAGGGGUGUUGUUGAACAUGGACAUCCAAGCGAAAUUUUUAAACAAGACACGUUGUUUGUUAAAGUCUAUAAUGGACGAUAAUGACAUCAAUUGUUUGUUUUAUAAACUUUAUUCGGAUUCGAUUAUCAUGGAACAAAACGAAUCGUCUUACAUUUCUGGGAUAAACGAACUGAUACCAGUCAAACCUCGUACUCGUAUCCAGUACGACGAUGACGAUUUGUCUGGUAAUAACUUGGAAAAAUUUGCUCUGUUCCAUAUGAACACGCGAUUGUGUACAACUCAAAAAUUGUCAUUGGACGUUAAAAUCGUCGUGGUCGGUGCAUCUACAGUGGCCUUAUCAUUUUUAGAACGUCUUUUAUUCAAUCCUCUUAACCAUUACCUGAGCUUCGAAAAUAUAGUACUCGUAUCUGAGCAUGGCAUGCCAUAUCGAGUUGGUCUGACCGACUUGGAAGAUUGCAUGGUUCCGAAAGUUACGCAUUACAACCACGAGUAUAUGAAAACUAUAGCGCUUAAUUCUUUCGUGAACGUCGUCACUGGCACAGUAACUGAAAUCAGUAGAUCCGAGAAACACGUAACGGUAAAAGAACACGGCACAAAUAUUUACUACGAUUAUUUGUUUCUGUUCAACGGUGAACAAUUUACGCACAACAUUGAGAACAUCAAAACAUUACCCGAAAAACGGAAGAAAAACAAUCCUUCGCAUAACUCCUCAAUGUUUCGCAGUGCACAUUUUUCGUCAAUUACUCUAGCCAUCAUCGUGUACGGAAAAUAUCUGGGAUCACUGUCAGUGAUUAAUGUACUACUUGAGAGCAAUAUCGAUGGACGUCGAAUCGUUUACGUAGAACCCGGCGACAGAGUAAAUCUUCCGUUUAUUGACAAUGCAACUAUAAAAAGAGCCGUUUACGAUGAGCUGUACAGUCGAGGAGUGUCCGUACACGAAGGAUUGCAAUUUGAAACGUUGACACUGACCGACGAUCAAAUGAAAAUACAGAAUGUGUCGUUUAGCUCGAACGUAAAAUCAAUUACGAUUGAUUGUGCUGGUUUAUUUUGGUUCGAUCAGAAGAGUGUUAAUAAAAACAACUGGAACCUACUGUACGCGUUCGAGUUCGACGGUCAUCUGGUGAUCAACAGGUCGUUCGAAACGAACGUGGACUGCGUGUACGCGGCCGGCCCGGUGGCCAGGUACGACGGUCCGGAACGCGACGCGCGCCGUUGCGACAGCUCGGAGAUCGGCGGCCGUGUGGCCGACGUGCUGAUGAAACGUUUGCGCGCGCGCCACGACGACGACGACGACGACGGGACUGGCCGACGACCGCUGUCGGUCCGCUGCCGGUUGCCCGGCGGACACCGUUACCUCCGUUGCACCGAGCCCGGGACGUCGCGCCCUCGAACGGUUUUGCACACGGUCAAGACCGGAGACGCGGCCACGGGGUACUUCGAGAUCGAGAUGGACGGCGGCGGCCGCGUGACGGGCGUGUCUUGUUACUCGAAGGCGGAUUUCAAGUAUUCGAACUUAAUAAACCUGUGUGGAAAAAACGUAAACCUGUUCAACGAUAUGAUGAAUCGGCUGCGGACGGAUUCCAUUCCGUGUUUCUUCGACUUUUUCAACGAGCCGUGGGCUUACCCUUUGUACUCGGACAGAUUUCCGAAGAUAUUGAACGACGUGAUCAAACUCCGCGAAGCCAAUCCCAACAAUAAGGUAAGAAACAAAAUAAUGUCGACCUACACGGAAGAGUUGGAAAAAGUGUUGAUAACCUUUGUCGACGAAAACGUGGACGAUUUUCCCGAGUUCGCUCAUGUACGCGAUGCGGUGGACCUAGCGAAUUCCGGGCAACACCACUAUUAG